AUGGCUGGUCUAAUUACUUUCAGGUUUAUAAAAAAUGAUUUCCUUGCUGCUGUUGCAGAAUUUUUAGGAACUGCUUAUUUUUUGUUUAUGGGUGUUGGAGGUGCCUUGGCUUUUGGUACUUCUGAAAUUGGUAAUGUUGGAAUUCCGUUUUCUUUCGGAUGGUCGCUCAUGGUGAAUGUCUUCCUCUGGAGUCCAAUUUCAGGAGGUGUAUUCAAUCCUGCUAUAACUGUUGGCUUGAUGGUCACUCGUCACUUACCAAUUGUACGGGGUAUACUAUAUAUCAUCGCUCAAUUCUUGGGUGCCCUUUUUGGAUCACUCCUUAUCAAAGCUCUAGUACCUGCUCCUGCUAACGGUCCCACCAGUGUCAAUACUUCUGUUGCUCAAGGUUUCUUUUUGGAAAUGUUCGCUACAUCUGUCUUAACUUUCGCGGUACUUUUUAUUGCCGCUGGAAAAAUACCUAAAGAUGAUGGGGAAAAAAAGGAUAAAAAGAAGGGCGAAUUCAUGGCUCCAUUUGUAAUUGGUAUUUCCUUAUUCAUUUCAGCACUUUCCGUUGGCCCAUUUACCGGCGCUAGUUUGAACCCAGCACGAACCUUUGGUCCUGCUGUAGUCUUUGGAAACUACGGUAACGGUCAUUGGAUUUAUUAUAUUGGUACCACUGCGGGUAGUUUAUUGGCUGCUGGAUAUUGGUACUUUUAUACGGUAGUGUUUGACUAUGAAGUAAUAUCGGGAGCCAACAUUGAAAAGGAUGAAUAUGACGUCGAUCCAUCUAAAGGUGACAUUGAAUCCCGAUAA